AUGAAGCUUUUAGCCUCCUUAAGCUUGCUUUCCUUGGCCUAUGGCCAGUUCAUUAGAACGACUAACUACGCUGCAGCGACCUUGGUUAAGAAAGAAGAAGUCCAAACAACUGCUGUUACUAGAUGUCAUUUCCAUGAUGACAUUCAAUUCUGUGUUGAUGGACAUGGAAACGAAGGUUCAAUUGUCCCAGCACCUACUGACAAAGCAAACGCACCUACAGAAUAUACUGGUUGUCAUAAUCAUGGUGAUGAUGUGUUUUGCAGACACGACGGCAAAGAAGUUGAGUUUGUAAAAUUGGGUGAAAGUGGCCAUGGUCAUGUAACUUCCCAUGACAAUGAAGCAACAAUAACCACCAGUGCUGAAACAACUGAUGCCAUUCAAACAACUGCUGUAACCAGUUGUCAUUUCCAUGAAACAGUCCAAUUCUGUGUUGACGGACAUGGAAAUGAAGGUUCAAUUGUCCCAGCACCUACUGACAAAGCAAACGCACCUACAGAAUAUACUGGUUGUCAUAAUCAUGGUGAUGAUGUGUUUUGCAGACACGACGGCAAAGAAGUUGAGUUUGUAAAAUUGGACGAAAAUGCUACUAGUGAGUCGCUGGUUUCUUCCACAUUAUCUACCACUACCAAACCUUCAGUUUCGGUAACUGAAUUAAAUAAUGCUGGAAUGUAUGGAGUCCCAAUAGCUAUGUUAGUUGUGUUUAGUUGUUUAUUGUAAGUUAAUAGUUUAGAUCAAAAAAAGAAUAUGCCAUUUAUUUA